AUGUCGAGCGCUGAUAUUGGAUGUGCAGAAUUUUGUGCCCAGACUUGGUACGUGGAAAACGAGCUUAUCGCCCUCAUUCCUUGCAGCGAGAUGGGCAUGCUUGAUGCCCCUAUGCCCGCCGCUGCUAUAGCCAAGAACAUCGGAUGCCCUGCUACCUAUAUCCCCCCGGCUAAGUUUGACGUGUUGACUGAUGGGGGGUUCAAAUCUGAGCGGAAGGCUUUCGUAAUGCCCGCAAAAAGAAAAUCGGCCGGGGGCGCGGCUGCUGCAACCAAAGCCUUGAAGCGGCCGCCCGCCAUUCCAGAGUAUGUGGCGAAGAUCACUGACUGGUUCCGGACCGACAGCAAUAUUCCAGGAGUUGAGAAGAUUGCCAUGAUGAAGCCAGAUUCAGCCUUCCUCGAGGCCAUUAUCUCUGUGCCAGCCUCAUGCCAACGCCCGCCGCCCAGAGUCCAGUCGCGCAGUAGUGGUCAGGGUUGGGAGCCAGGUCCUGAUGCCAUCUCGCCCUUCAGCAUUGGAUACGUGAAAGGAUGGAGACGCAGCGUUUGCUGCUUGAUCGGGCUGGCAGGCAUCAAGGAGUUGGAGAUCUCGCUGGACGAUUUGGAUGGCGCCUUCAAGGAUUGGGACGACGCGACCAAAAUCCAGAGAGCAUUCCAGAUUGGAGAGAAGGAAGCGAAAGCCGUCUCAAAUUUGCAGCACCGUGUAUCUCCGUCGUUCCUCGCGGAAUUGCGUGAGAGUGUGCGACUUCGCGGGAUGCGUGCUUGGAUGGGGCACGAUGUCAUUGGGAAAGACAUGUUCAACCAGGGAUGGUCUUCAGGUACAGGCACGUAUGAAAGCUGGCGAGAUGCUUUGACGAAUUCCACUGAUGAUGCGUUGGAAUUCUGGCUUUGCUUAAUCUUACAGGUUCUGAUCUUGGUAAAAUUUGGUGUUCUUUUCGGAUCCCAGAAUGGAACCCCCGACGACCCGAUAUUUUUGGAGUUUAAGGUCAAGCUUGUCCUUGGCCGGCUGCGAGAUGAUUGGGACAAGUUGAUGCCGCAAAUGCGUAAACAAUGGUCUUUCCGUGAUGCUUCGGCCAUUCAUGCUCUAUGUGGCGGGUUCUUGGCUGUUGUCAAAGAGCUCCAGCGGAAGGUGCCGGCGGCUGACUUCAAGGAUGCAGAGGACAAGCUCUACGGGCAAUUCAGAACGGGUUACCUAGAUCCUGAGCUUGAGAACAUGCUGUCCACAGCUGUGCCACCUCCAAGCCUGAGCGACUUGUCCUUCACUAGGGUUAUUGUGGCCGCAGUUGACCAGCGUGUGCAGAACGACCUUGAGCAGCAGGAAAAGGAACUCUCAGAGAAGCUCCACAAUGCGACUGUGGAACAGAUCACAUUGAAAGUGAACACGGACAUCGAUGCUCUUAAGCAGCGGAUCCCCACCAAAGAAGUCGAAGCAGUCGAGGCAGCUAAAGAUCAACGCUAUCUCAAAGAGCGCCAAUUGAAGCUCAUAGUGCAAUUAGUUCUCAUCUACUUCACUUUGAAAGGGCAGGCGUACACGAAGGAUUGGCUGGAGGCGAAUUGCAAAAUGUUCAAGGUGUCUGAGGAUACACUCCCGAACUGUGUGGCCGAGUUUGCGCGGUUUACCAAUCGGUUUACUUUGGUGACCUUCGACGCAACCGUGUGGCCCAGCAAUGCCUUGUUCAUGUCCAAGUGCCUUGAAGUGUUUUCCCAGUCUGUUUCUAUGACAACCUUGUCGAUGGGGCUGGUCCUCCUUCCAGUUCUUCACGCUCAAACAACUCCCGCAGCCCUUGUGAAACACACAAGAGCUAUGACGGAUUUCUUCAUGAAGUCGGGCCUGGACGUGACCCAGCAGAUCACCGUCAGCUAUGACAAACAAUCCAGCAUGGCCAACGAUAAGAGAAAGGCUUAUCAAACGGCGAUGCUUGUCACUACGGCAUCAAAUCAAGAUGACAACCCAUGGACCGCUUGCAAAGUCUUCAAAUCGGGAACAUUGGGGCCGAUUCCCCUCAUCAAAAUCGCUGACAUGGCCGGGUACGACAGUGACAAUCGCCCGGGUGCUGCUGCGCGAGUGGAGCAGAAAGGCGUUCCCGCCUUCAAGCAGGUGUUGAAGGAGAUGUUCAUGGGGAUGGAUUUCCGCCAGGAGGAUCUGGUCCUUGUGUUCGAUGUGCUUCCGAACAAGCAUGCAGAGCUAUGCCGUGCUAUCACCCAGAAAGUACUGCACGAAUCUUCAGCGGCGCCUCGAUUGGUGUACUUCGGGGUUCUCAGGGACCACAAGGAAACCGUCGCAGAUGUUGAGAACAUGGUCUAUUCUCAUUGGGAUGGGCUGGCUGAUAGCCCUCCGAAGCAAAGGCCGCAGGAAGCGAAGCCCGAUCCGAUUUUGAACCUUUUGACGUGGAGUGGCCAGAGUUGUGGUUUUCCUUCUUCUUUGCUGAACAAGUUUGCCACAGGGACCACGCAUCAUGCUGCUAUGCUCGCUUUGAAGGAGAAAGUCCAGGCAACUUUCCCACAGAACUUUGCUGGCGAGGGCUCAGCAGCAGGUGGCACCACGUCUACCACGGUGCGCGCAGCUGGGCGGCCGGAUUUCUCCAUCGAAGGGGGGAAAAAGCCGGUGGACAUUUGCAGACAGGUGCGGCUGGAUGCUUUGCCUGCUGAUUCAUUCAACUUUCCCAAGCUGGCUUCCUGUGACGGCGUGAAGGGCAAGCCUGCAGUGUUUAUCACGAAGUCGCAUGAAGUAUAUCUAGGGAAUUCAACUGCAGAGGAACUCAUCGUCGAAGGGGAGGUCUUUGGUUUCAACCGUGGUGUUUUCGAGGACAAGCUGAUCACAGGCGACCCAAACGCAGAGCUGACCUUGAUGCCGUGGCGCUUGAGUUCAGACUUGCAGCUUGUGAUGCACAACAAGAACCUCAUGAGCCUAGCUGACUUUGUGCAUUUCAUUUGCACCACGCACGGAGUCGCUGCGUUCGAUUUGCUGGACCACACCAUUACCCAGAAACAACACCCUCCAGCCGCGGAUGGAGGUGAUCCUGUCCCAGUCCCUUACCGAUACACACUUUCACCAGCGCCGAGCGGCAAGUGCAAUUCGUUUCGCCCAGCAGAGCUCAAAGAUUCUGAUACUGUGAGGCAUUCGAGCAUUGGGGCUGCCUUUGUUGGGGCGAUGAACAAACUGCCGCGCAGUGAUGUCUGUGGGAUCGUGUGGGAAGUUUCUUGGUUGUUCCAUUUUGGACAGGGUUGCAGUAUUUUUUGUGACGGUUUCAAUCACCAAAGCUUAGGUUGAUGUGCAAACCGGAACGGGAAAUGCCAAGAUUGUUGCCACCAAGCCCAAGUUCUGUGUGACAUGUAAACUCCGAAUUUCUCCAGCAACGUGGGUCAAAAUAACGUGACCCAAGAUGUAGACAGGCUGCUUGAUCUCGCAUCGCAGAAUGCUUUUUGUGAGCGGCGCCAUUG